UCAUCAUCAAUUCAACAAUCGGUUUGUGGUUUGUUGAUUGUUGUGGAUGUGUUUCUAGAGUGUGGUGCUGAUUAAUUAUUUUGUUGUUUUUUAAUUUUUAAUAAAAUAAUAAAUUGUGAGUUUCAUGAUGACGAGGAAAACCAAAAGGAAGCUAUGCUGCAUUGUAGGAUGCGAAAAUAACGUCUCAACUGUUAAUGUAGCAAAAAGUGACGUGACCAUAAAAUUUUACAAUUUUCCUCCAGAACUUGACAGGAAGAGUAAAUGGAUAGAGUUUGCAUCAUUUGGAUUUCCUGGUGGUGAGGAAUGGGAGCCUUCAAAAAACUCGUUGAUUUGUAGUUCUCAUUUUGUUGGGGGCCAAAAGAAUGAUAACCCACAUCAUAUUGACUAUGUGCCUUGUUUGCGCCCCACACCCAAACCAAGAAAGAGAAGGGCCGGUUCCGAUCCAUUGCAGUGUGAUCCUAAAAUUGCCAAAUUCCAAGAUGCUAUCAAGAUGGAUGAGGAGACGAAGCAAGCAGUGGAUAUAAUCGAGCCACGGGCUGAAGUAGAUGCAAAGCGACCGGAGACCCAUAAAGAGCAAUCAGUGAAAGGUCUUAAAAACAUCGGGAACACUUGCUACAUGAAUGCAGCUUUGCAAGUGCUCUCCAAUACACCACCAUUCGCCAAAUACUUGCUCGAUUGCGGAGCUCAGCUGAUUCUAUCUUUAGAAAAUGAAAACCAUCCGAUGAAGGUGACCAGAGCUGUGUGUGACUUGUUGGAAUAUCUUUGGAACACCGAUGAGAAUGCAUACUUCCGUCCAAGCCGAUUGUUACGCCCUGUCAAACAAGUAAAUCCGACAUUCGAAGUUGGUAACCAGCAAGACACUGCUGAGUUUUUGACGAUCUUGCUCAACCUAUUACACCAGGAGCUGGAAACUUCAGCGACCCAAGAAUGCGUACAUCAGCUCAUGAUGCUGGUCUACAGCUGAAGCAAGCAAGCAAGCGAACCGAGACUGACCAGUGAGACCAGCUCACCUAUGGAUCAAACAGUAUUGACACGGACAAAAGUAUUAUUUCCGAUAUAUUCGAUGGCCAAAUCUACACCUGUGUGCAGUGCUUAACGUGCAACAAGGGUCACGAUGAGGCUUCUGAAGAUAGGACGUGGAUGUCUGAACAAUUUGACACAUCCCGUGUAAUUGCAAUCCAAAUCCCAUCAAUAGAGGACUUGAAGACUCAUAGUGAAAUGGCUGCGAAAUAUUCAGGCCUGGAGCAUUGCAAAGAAAUGCUCCGUUUUAAAAAGGGUUGGUUUGAUUGGCUGAGCAGUCUAAUACCCUUUCGACGCAGCGUUGUCACUCUCCAAAACUGUUUGCAGGCAUUCUUCUGUGUCGAAGAACUGAAAUAUGAUAACAUUUACAGGUUAGUCCUCAAUAGCUUA